AUGGGAAACUUAACGACACUAAUUAACGAUUCUGUUAGUGAGGGACUGCCGUUGCAACUGAAACAUAUCUUCAGGACCACGGUUGCUAAAAAAUCAAAAGAGCGACUACCGUUGCAAAAAAACGAGAGCAAAGUUGAUGUUAUCCUCCGCCAACCCACUAUUGACAAAGAAGCAAGAAAGUCUUUGGUCAAUUGUAUAUUCAACAUAGAGUUAUCGUAUCAUCUAGACACCAUAACAGCAUUCACUGCUGUUGAAAUAUUCGGCCGUUUCCUUUCUGCUCAAGUUAUUUCCGGGAAAGAAGAAGCAAUGUAUGCAAGUGUGGUUGCAGUGCACAUUUCCUCGAAAUACCAUGAAACCGGGCUCUUCAGACGUCCAGUUCUGAGUGAACUCCUUGAAUGUGUUACUAGAGGAUCUCCCGAUCUUAAUGGCUUAAAUUGUCGACUCGGGAUGGCUAUGGAGGAUCGGAUUUUGAAUGCGUUAGAUAUGGAAAUAGAUGUUCCUUCAGUGCAUACAUUUCUCAUUCGGUUUUACAAAGCUGCCAAAAUUUGGCCAGAUACAAAAACUACACUGAUGGCGAGUUUUUAUGCCAAAUUGGGGAUAUGGGAUUAUGACUUGAAGAUGACAUAUCCUACAGAAAAGUUGGCAGCUGCUGCAUUAUAUGCCGCAUGUGUGUUGACACAUAAUAUACGUAUGUGGCGUGACACAUAUCGUAGCCAUACUGUGUUUAAGGACACGGAACUUUGGAAAUGUACAAAGAGGAUGAUGGAGCUUCAUUUGGUUGGUCUUGGCGGCCAUGAAAGUUGUUGUAGUUGGAUCAUCAAAAACAUGAUCUUGAUUUCGCAGUUGCCCAAAAAAUUGCACACAUCAUCUGUUCGUUAG